AUGCAUCAACCGCCACCCAACUCAGUCACAGCCCCCAACGCGCCGCAAAUCAACGUGAAUGGGACUCAACUGCAAGUGGUAGACAACUUCCCGUACCUGGGCAGUACCCUCUCACGCAACACCAAGAUUGAUGACGAAGUCGCCAACAGGAUCUCGAAAGCCAGUCAAGCCUUCGGUCGCCUCCAAAGCACAGUUUGGAAUCGCCACGGUCUCCAACUGAGCACGAAGCUGAAGAUGUACAAGGCCGUCAUCCUGCCGACGCUACUGUAUGGAGAGGAGACUUGGACGGUGUACACGAGGCAGGCACGCCGACUGAACCAUUUCCAUCUCAGUUGUCUUCGUUGCAUCCUGAGGCUGAACUGGCAGGAUCGAAUCCCCGACACGGAAGUACUGGAACGAACGGGGAUCCUCAGCAUCUACGCCAUACUGAGCCAAAUGCAGCUGCGCUGGAGCGGCCGCCUGGUGCGCAUGGACGACGAGCGACUACCCAAACGACUCUUCUACGGAGACGUCGCGACGGGUUCUCGUCGUCAAGGAGGCCAAAUUCGCCGUUACAAGGAUACCUUGAAGUCCUCCCUGAAGCGCCUGCAAAUCAACCCGACCAACUGGGAAGAGCUCGCCCGCGAUCGUCCGACAUGGAGGAGAACAGUGAAGACGGGCGCUGCUAUCUACGAAACCAACCGCAUCGCUGCCGCCAAAGCGAAACGCGAAGCCCGCGAAUCACAAUCUCGCCCAGUACGCAACUCCGCCGCACAACCGCUCCCUACGUGUCCUCGAUGUCAACGGACAUUCCGGGCACGAAUCGGACUUGUUGGACAUCUUCGGAUCAACUGCACCUCUCGAACUGCUCCAGCCAUCGUCCCCCCGCCCGCCUCUUCCUCGUCCUCUCUGCCGCCAACUAACUCUGACACUCCUUCUGAACCACCACUUCCAUCCGCCUCCUCCUCGUCGUCCUCCUCCUCCUCCUCCCUCUCCACUGCCCCAGCGGCGGCCGUUCAGACUGCCGUCUCACACAUCACCAACCCCAACACAACAACCGCCACCACCCGCACCUCUCCCGAUCCCAGUGAUGAGGAUCAGGACUGCACCUGCCCUCACUGCGACCGCACCUUCACCUCUCGCAUCGGCCUGGUCGGUCACUUGCGAAUCCAUCGCACAGAGACUGGCGAACCAGUGCCUGGAGCACCAACCCACACCCACCGCACUUGCCUCCACUGCCCACAAUGCCCUCGCACCUUCACUCAUCGCAUGGGUCUAUUCGGCCACAUGCGCAUCCACGAGAGCGGAAUUGACCUCAGCCUUGACACACCCACCCCGCCGAGCCCCACUCCCAAUGCACCACCUUGUGCACCCACUAACCACUCCCCAGCCGACAUCGACGCCACCUACCUUACCACACCUCACUCCUCCCCCUCCUACUCCUCUUCUUCACUGCCACAACGACGGCCGCUUCGGCGUCUGUCGCCCACGACUUCACCACAGCCGAACCUGGCACAACAACAGGCACAAGCCCUGCAACCUCCAUCAUCAGACGUGAGGGCCAGGGCUACAUCUGCCCUCACUGCGAUCGCACCUCCAUUUCACGCAUCGGCCUGGUCGGUCACUUGCGAAUCCAUCGCACAGAGACCGGCGAACCAGUGCCUGGAGCACCAACCUACACCCACCGCACCCGCCUCCACUGCCCACCCUGCCCUCGCACCUUCACGCAUCGCAUGGGUCUAUUCGGUCACAUGCGCAUCCACGAGAGCGGAAUUGACCACAAUUCCGAUACAGCCACGACAUCCAACACAUCCACCACGCCGUUCAACCCCGGUUGUGUGA